CACCUUUUAAGUUGGUUUGCCAACCGCCAUUAAAUCCUAAAAGAAGAAGAAGAAGGCCUCACACUCCAUCCCAGUAGGUGGCGGAAAUGCACCUUAAGCUGGUUUGCCAACCGCCAAUAAAAGAAGAAGAAGAAGAAGAACAAGUAACGUAACGUUAUGGAUGCCAGCUGCCAGAGUAGUUCUCAAAAACAAUGAACCCUGACGCGGUUGUGAGCAAGCAGCUUGCUUUUCGAGUUGUCUGUGCGCUGAUUUGCAGCGAAAAACAGAAACAGAAACAGAAAAAGAAAAUUAAACGAAUAUGGAAGAGAGAAUGUCCGGGACGUCGCGAGCAGCCCGGGUCGUCUGUUCUGCAGAGGGAGUUGGAGACGACUGAUGAGAAUGGGUUCGGGGAGCUGCUGCGGAUGACCGCAGAGGAGUUUGAGUUUCUGCUGCAAAUGGUCGGGCCCCUCAUUACCAAGCAGCACACGAAAAUGAGACGAGCGAUAUCCCCAAGAGAUCGCCUAUCUGUGACCUUGCGGUUUUUGGCAACAGGGAAAACAUUCAGUUCCCUCAGUGCACAGUACAGGAUUGGGGCCAGCACUAUUUCACAGAUAGUUAUGGAGACCUGUGGCGCUCUGUACCAGCUUAUGAAAAAAGACUUCCUGAAGACACCAUCAACAGAGACAGAAUGGCGGGCGAUAGCCCAGGACUUUGAAUCGAAAUGGCAAUUUCCACAUUGCCUAGGUGCGCUUGGUGGAAAACCGAUUUAUAUACAGUCUCCAGUAAAAAGUGGCUGCCUUGACCAUAAUAACAAGGGCAGAUUAUAUGUGACAAUAAUGGCUGCUGUGGAUGCAAAUUACAAGUUCAUCUAUGCCAGUUUGGAAACCCAAGAUAAGGUCUCUGACGCUGGACUAUUCAGUCACUCCGACUUGUGUAAAGCGAUGGAUCAGGGUCUGCUGAAUUUUCCUCCACCUGAACCAUUACCCAACAGUGACAUAACGAUGCCGUACAUGUUUGUGGGUGAUGAGGCGUAUCCUUUAAGGCCUGGUCUCAUGAAGCCAUAUCCAAAUAAACAGAUGGACCACAGUCAGGGGGUACUGAACUAUCGUCUUUCAAGGGCACGUGGAGUUGCAGAAAAUGCAUUCAGCAUUCUAGCAAACAGGUUAAGGGUUUUCAGGAGCACCAUAUUCUUGGAGCCAGACAAAGUGGAGAAGAUCACUAUGGCCUCUCUAUGUAUCCAUAACUUCCUCUGCGAGCGCAGGUCUGAGGCAUAUACACCUCCAGCCUUUGCAGAUUUGAAGAAUGGGGACCACAGCACAGUUGAGGGAACCUGGAGGAGUCGAGGGCAUGGAACUCUCCAGCCGCUCGAGCAAAGAGAGGAACACAGUGCAUUAGUUACAGCAGAAAUGCAACGAAACCUUCUGUGUGACUAUUUUGUCUCACCGGCAGGUUGCAUUCCUUCGCAAGAGGAACACAUUUAGUACUGUAGGAAUGUUGGACUAGUAUUUAUGUAGUGGAGAACACUCGGAUGUCAAAUGUAUUUUAUAGCACUCCUCACAAUACACAUUGUUUCAAAGCAGCUUUACAGAAAAAUAGUUUGUGUGUAAGGGAGACUGCAUUGCCUUUUAAGGACAUUUUUAUCCUUUUUUUUUUUUUUGUGCAUUUACUAAAAAAAAGAUGUGGUUCUGUUAUGGUACUUUUGGUACAGAAUGUCUUGUACAUAUUAUGCAUACAAGUUUCAUAUAUAUAUAUUCGACAUCUUUGUUUGUUGUAUAUAACAACAGAGGCUGUUUUUAUAACCUUUGUUUCAAAAAACAAAUGUACAAUAAUUGAUAGAGUACAUAAAAUAACUGUAUAAAGUUAUUCAUAAAGUGCAUUAGUGAACAGAUUCUGAAAAGUUUUUUCCUUUUUUUUUUUUUUAACACUGUAAGGUCAGCACUGUUUAUGCUUUGUACAACAGUGAAAUAAAAUCAACCUCGUUUACACAAUCAAAACAAGUGUAAUCGUUUUACUAACAAUAAUCCACAUCUAUGUAUAAAAGUACCUUUAUGAAGUAAAUGAAGAGUACAGCUUUCAUGGGCUGUCAUUAACAUCUAAGGGUGGCAGUGUUUGGAGAAUCCUGAGGUGCUGUGUGGUGUGGGUGCGACGGUACUGCUAGCAAAGUUAUAUCGAUGAGGUCGAACAUGUACAGUGCUUGUGUGGCGGAGGAUCUGUUUCUUUCAGCAUCAUGGAGAGCAUGUCUUGUUAUAUUGGCUUGUAGUAGCCUUAAUUCUGCCUGGUUUUCAAAAGUACUAAAUGCAUCAUGUUUUGGAUCUGCCUCAACUUUUACUGCUUCCAAAUAAACUAGCAGCU